UACGAGACGCUGAGGCGCUCUUCUACAGCUGCCAGUGACAGAGGGUUGUGGGCUUGGUCGCUUACCUUCCUUAGGUGACUCCGGCCAUAGCUUGUAACCCGCGGCUGCCGGCCAAGUUUAGUUGCAGCUCCUGAAACGUCUCCAGGGUCGCUCCUGAGAGGCAGCAGUGGUCCAUGGAGAAGGGCCCAGUGUCGGUGCGGGCGAAGCCGCGGAGCGCCAGGUGCAGCAAUGGGGUCCUGGAGGGAGAGGCGCCCAGCCGGGCCGCCGAGAAGCAGCCGAGGCCGGAGACCAAGAGCCCGCAGCAGGCUGGCGGCUGGGAGGUGGAGAAACCCCGCGGCCAGGAGGUCCAUAAACUGAACCUCCCCAACCUGGCAGCCGCCUAUUCGUCCAUCCUGCUUUCUCUGGGCGAGGACCCCCAGCGGCAGGGGCUGCUCAAGACGCCGUGGAGGGCGGCCACGGCCAUGCAGUUCUUCACCAAGGGCUACCAGGAGACCAUCAAAGAUGUCCUAAAUGAUGCUAUAUUUGAUGAGGACCAUGAUGAAAUGGUGAUUGUGAAGGACAUAGAUAUGUUCUCCAUGUGUGAACAUCACCUAGUUCCAUUUGUUGGAAAGGUUCAUAUUGGUUAUCUACCUAACAAGCAAGUCCUGGGCCUCAGCAAACUUGCAAGGAUUGUAGAAAUCUAUAGUCGAAGAUUACAAGUUCAGGAGCGUCUUACCAAACAAAUUGCCAUAGCAAUCACAGAAGCCCUGCGUCCUGCUGGAGUCGGAGUAGUGGUUGAAGCAACACACAUGUGUAUGGUAAUGCGAGGGGUACAGAAAAUGAACAGCAAAACUGUGACCAGCACGAUGUUGGGCGUGUUCCGGGAAGAUCCAAAGACUCGGGAGGAAUUUCUGACUCUCAUUAGGAGCUGAACUUCAGAGUGUGUUGUGGGUUUGCAGGUCUUGUCACUAGGCAUUGCUUGUCAAAUCUUAAUUGUACAUUCCAUUCUCAGUUUGUUACAAAGAAUUUAUUUCUUGUCACUGUGUUUAAUAAUUAUUUAUAGCAAAUAAAUUAAAGUGAUUAAUAAAGGGGUGAGUCCCCUACUUUCUUCUUGCCGCCUUUUAGUGGCAGCAUUCAAACAAACUGCUGAUAGUGUGAGUUGUAUAUACAAAACCACUGUCAUUCAGAUAACAUGAAGGUGAGUUUGGUUAUUUGAUUCUAAGCAUAGGCUUCUUAGGGAUGGGAGGAAACUAUGACCAAUACACUGUUUUUUUUUUUUUUUCCCCUACACUACAAAAUGGUGUACUACUUAACAAGAUUAUGUUCACUCUACAGCCUCACUCUGCAAACUUAAAGCCCAACAGGAUUCACUUAAUCUUGUUAAUUAAACUACCGGUAGGGGUUGGAUGGUGGCACACCUGGUAGAGCAAACUUGUCACAGCUCUCAAGGACCCAGGACCAAGUCCCUAGUCCCCACCUGCAGAGGGAAAGCUUCACCAGUGGUGAAGUGGUGCUGCUGAUACAUCUUUCUCCCUUGCUCUCUUCCCUUCCCUCUCAAUUUCUCUAUCUCUAUCGGAUUAAAAACAACAAACAAAUAACAACAAAGACACAACCACUUGGGUUUUUUUUCUAUUUAUAUUUUAACUGUCUACUUGUAAUAUUAGUCACCAAGGGAAGGUGGUGCACUGUUUGCUUUUUUUUUUUAAUGAGUUAAAAAAAAGGAUACAUUUCUACCUUCUAUUCUUUUUAAAAUUCAAGUACAGGGAAUUAGUUCCUGGAGUUGUUUACAAGUAUAUUCUCAUGUCAACCUACAGGGAUUUAGACAGUUAACUCUCUGUGCCUUGAUGAGGAUAUCAUACAAUUUAGGGUACAGAUACUUUUACCUUUUUUUUAAAGCUAUUAUUUGAUAAGACCUAGUAACGACACUGCAAAAAACUAGUCCUCACACUUAGACAUUUUUGGAACCUUACUUUGUGUUCCUUGUAGAUGCCUCAAAACUUUUCUUUUUAGGCUUAUCAAAUAUUUUUCUAAGUAUUUCUGGAAACACUUGAGAGUGCCCUUCAUAAUUAGGUCUGCAGAAUCUUAGUUUCCACAAGCACGAAAGAAUUAACUAAUUGUGAACUGUGUUAUGAGCUCUGUCUGGUGUUUAAUGAAAGUUGUAUUACUAGUGUCUGUGAAAAUGCACUGUGAUUUUUCUGGAAUUACUUGAAAAUUCCAGAUCCCCUCAUCCUGAUUUCUCUUGGGCUUAUAUGGAUCUUUUCUUCAAUGUAACUGGCCCAUUGGCACAAGACUUUUAGUUCAGGAAACUUUGCCUUAUUGAUGAUUAUCUUAAGAUUCCCCUACCUCCACCAUCCCCAGCCCCACCACCCAACUGUGUGGGUCAAAUCAAAAUGAUCAAUGAAAACAAAACCCAAUUCCCUUGCAAAAACAAAACGAAAAGCACAGGUACAAUUUUUAUUUCAUGGAAAGCCAUUCCAUGGAGAAGUUUCUUAUUUGGCUGAUCUAUAAACAUUUUAUUACCUUAACAAGAACCAUGGGAGUCAACGGUAGCUCAGCGGGUUAAGUGCACGUGGCGCAAAGCGCAAGGACCUACUUAAGGAUCCCAGUUCCAGCCCCCAGCUCCCCACCUGCAGGGAAGUCGCUUCACAGGCAGUGAAGCAGGUCUGCAGGUGUCUUUCUCUCCCCUCUCUGUCUUCCUCUCCUCUCUCCAUUUCUCUCUGUCCUAUCUAACAAUGACAUCAACAACAAUAAUAACUACGACAACAAUAGAAAACAACAAGGGCAACAAAAAGGGAAAAAUAAAUACAUAUAUAAAAAGAAAAAAUGCCCCACCUGCAGGGGGACAGCUUUGCAAGUGGUGAAGCAGGGUUGCAGGUGUCUUUCUGUCUCUUUCACUCUGUCUACCCCUUCCUCUUGAUUUCUGACUGUCUCUGUCCAAUAAAUAAAGAUAAUAAAAAUUUUUUUAAAAAAGAAAAAACGUUAAAAAAAUAAAGAAUUAACCACAGUGCUUACUCCAACUUUGAUGAUCCUGUUUGAAUUGUGAUGGGGGAAAGAUGGCAGAGAUGAUUCUCCCCUACUUUCCCCUCUUAGUUUUCCUUAGUUUGGAAUUUCUAAAGUAUGGUAGUGGUUGAUAUUAAGUUUCUUUUAAAAUAUAACCUGAUAUAAACCAUAUUCAGGUUAAUAUUCAGACAUUUAAAUGUAGAGAGGGUGGGGAUAUACCAACAAUCCUCUCCCACACUAGGAGAGAGGCAGUAGAAGUAUUUGUGGCCGUUCACUCCGGGCCAGACACUUGAUAAACAGCUGAAUACUGCCAUCUCGGAAGAGUCCAGUGAAGGAUGAGUCAUGACACUCAUAGUCCAUAUGGGGAAGUGAGACCAGAGAAUCCUGGUCAUCUGCCAAGUUUACAUGGCCCAGGAGGGUGCAGAGCCAUGAUCUUAAGCUAGCAAACAAACUCAUGCCUGAGACUCCCAGGUCCCAGUUCAAUUCCCCCACACUACUAUAAGCCAGAGCAAAGCAAUGCUCUGGUAGUAAUAAUAAUAAAACAAUAAUAAUAAUAAAAAGAUAUUUAAAUGUAGAAUCAAGCACUCAAUUCAUGCCUGGUAUUUUAAAGUAAAAACAGGUAUGAAUUAGAGGACCAAAGAAAUUAUUAGUUAUAAAUUCAUCUUUCUGAUAUCAAGUAUAUUCUUUUUUUUUUUUUUAAUGAUUUGUGGCUCUGACAUUUCCCUAGCAGUGUUAUUAUAAAGGUAUAAUAUAUGCACAGUCUGUUGUCUCAUUGGUAAUUAUCUUGUUUGUCUUACUGUGGUCUGUAAUACUUCAAAAAUCACCAUUUAAUACCCAUGGGCUUUAGUCCAUUUGGGAUUUUUAAGAAUGUGAGGUUCACUUAAAUAUACUGCUCAAUUAAAUUGAAUUUGAAUUUCAUGUUUGUUUGAAUUUUAUGUAUGUGUGCUUUCUUGAAGUUGGCUCUAUUGAAAUUAUUAAAGUGCUAUGACUUUG